AUUGCGGAGCUGUCCAGUAGCAGACUGUAUGUUGCAAAUGUUCCUUUAUCCAUCAGGCCUUCAGCAUCAUGAUAUGAGUCAUCUCCCCAUUCGCUUCAUAUGGACGAUGAUGAUGCAGUACCUCAGGGCAGAGAUGAUAGACAUACAGGACGACGUCGAGGCAGAAGACCAGAUGGAGAUGACCAGCAAGGAGAGGGCGGAUGCAGACGAUAGCCACCCCAACACCGGAGACCACUUGCGUGUGGCACUUGAGUGCAAGCAUGGAUGGAUAUACUCGAUUUUAAAAGGAGACUGUCAAAAUUUUUACAACAAUUUGAUAUAUUGUGAAUGUGUACUCUGCCAAAAUUUUUAUAUCUCUUUCCUUUUCUUUUCUUUUUAUCUUUGUUGCUAUUAUUCUAGAUCGUAUAGACCGCUUUCUAUUUGUAGAAAUGUUACCUAAGUACAUUAUCUUGAACU